ACGAAACAAAUACAGGUCAACUCACAUCCACAACGAAAAACAGUAGUCCAGUCCUCUCCUCUGUCACAACAUCCGACCAUCCGCACACUCCUCUCCCCCCCUGCCCCCUCCGUCCCUCAUACAAUCCCCAGUGGGACGAACAGCCCCGUCCUCGACAGGCGCCCGAGCUGCGGCCACGCAAACUGGCAAUCCUAGUCGCCGAGGUGCUCGUUGAAACCCUUCAUGACGCCCGUCAGCUGAUACUUGGCCACCUCGUCGAGCCGGGCCCUGUGCACUACUUCACGCACACCCGUAAUGCCUACCACGUGCCCCCCACUGCCACGGAGGGCGAAGCACUGCAACGGCGGCACAGACACCUUGACGCGCUUGCUGCCCUGCUGCUCGUAUCUCGUUCCCCCCACCACCUCCCUGUUGCUGAUCGCCUCUGUGGCCGCCGACUUGACGAAGUGGCCGACGGCCGCCUUGACGCGACGUCUGAGCUGCGAGUCGCCGAUGAGGUACUGGUCGAUGGCCGCUCCAGCAGCCGAUGGCUCGUGCAGAAAGGCCCCGAUCUUCCAAGCGAUGGCCUCGGCCUCGUUCUCGCCGAAUGACAUGUUGGAUGGGGAGGGGUGGGGGUGGCCGCCGUCAUGGUGGGGUGCGAGGGGCAGCAGACGGGCGAGAAGCAUCGAGUGGUCGCGCUGGGGGGCGAGGGCGGCGUUGAUGGCCGACAUGGUCACAUCGGGCAGCUCAUUCAGCACCGUGGUGUACUCCGUCAGCACACACUGGCGUCUCCCGCCGUCCUCGUCGGGGGCUGUGGGCAUGCGGGCGAUUGAGGGGGCGGCCCCAGCUCUCAGCAGCACGCGGACGGUGAGCUGUCUGCCGGGGAUGACUCUGUCCUGUGGCUCUGGCGGUUCCUCCAACACGUCGAGGCCGUCCAUCUCUUCAUACACGUGAAUGUCGGCAGCGUCGCUGAGGAUGGUGCACUCGUGGUGGCCUGUGUUGUCUCUGCUGAUCUCGUUAACUGCGAGGGGCUGGCGGCAGAGGUAGUGCGCCACACAGGAAGAGGCCCAUAUCGCCGCUUCGCGCAGUGGCGUCCCGCUAUUCUCCUCCUCUGCGAUGAUGUCCACACCGUUGGCCACCAAGAGGUUCAUGUAGUCGUCGAUGAAGGCCUGAGAGUAGCACCCUCCCUCGCAAUACGCUGCUCGAUGCGCCAUGUUCGCACCAUCCAGUUGUUCGGUCGCGAGAGUGCUGUCGAGUCGGAUAAGUCUCCGGUAGAUUGACAUGAGGGACGUCUCGACGUCGGCUGAAACGGGACUGCCAUAGUCGUCUGUGAAGGGCAGCUCCAUCACCAUCAUGCCCCGUAGGCUGACAUUGUGCUGGAUCAGGAUGUCGACAGCUGCCUCGUUGGCUCCUGAGAUGGCCGCACAGAUGGGCUGCCUCCCGCCGGCCAUACCGUCUUCCCCGUUGAUGUCCGCCCCCCCUUGGAUCAGUGCAUUGAUAAUGCCGCGCUCCAGGUCGCGAGACGACCACCUCGGGAGGACAACGGGGAUGUUCUCCUCUCCUUCGUCACCGGCUGCCCAGAUGGAAGGAAUGGCGUUGCCCGUGAAGUUGUCGAUGGCGAGGGUGACGAGAGGGUACGGCAGGCCGAAGAUACACCACUCACCACAUUCAUUCAUAAACCACUCACCACCCCCCUCGAGCUCCCCUCGACGCAGUCGCGGCCUGACUCGAGCGUCUGCCGCUUGCCGCUGGAUCAGAUCCGCCACUUGGUCUGGGCUGUUGAACGUCCGGCGGAUGAUGCCAUGGGCGAGUUGUUUCGUGGCAUCACUGGUGGCAUCGUCCUCGAAGACGAUGCCCGUGUCGGAGAGCCGCAGCCAUCCGCACGGGAACGUCGUCAGUUCUUCGUGUGAUUGCCUGGAUCAACCACACAAGCCAGACCAGAUGUUGUCUCGUGCGUAUCUUUCGUCCCUUCGCCUGCGUACCUGCCGGACGAGGUCAUCACUUGGAAACUCAGAACUCGCUCAACGAUGAAUCAAAAAGAGGCCGACGCUUGAGCCCAAUGUUUGCGAGACACACAC